CCGGUCAGAUACAUGCUGCAGUAGGAUUCCAUUAGGGGAUUCUAGUGUAGACACUAUCUGUCUAACUAAUGAGUGUGUCAGACCCUGUUGAUGAUAGAGCUGACGGUAGGAGAUUAACACGUGCACAGGCACUAAGGGUACCGCACGUGUUCCAGGCCUUGGAGCCGGGAGAAGAAAGACGACUACGUAGAGCCCGUGCUCUAGCGGCGGGGAUAGCAGCAGCAAACGUAGCAGCUAGAGAGCAGGCAACAACAGCCAGAGCAGCAGCGAUGGCUAACGGCGCAAGCUCCGCUGCAUCAUCGUCUGCGUCCUCGUCAGGGACUAAUGGGAGCCAGUUGGGAAUGCCAACGAGUUCCACAAGUUCCUCGGGCACUUUCGGUUCCACAGGUUCUAGACAGUCUUCUAGUCAAAUGGCGGGCGCGCAGUUCAGCCCAUUGACCCCGCGUGAGAGGGAGCUCAGAGAGAUCCAGCAGGUCGAGAGGCUCCGCCGUAAGUUAGAGCAGGACCUGAAAGAUGCUACCGAUAGAGAAAAUGCGAUGAAAACUAGAGCAGCCAGGCUUGGAACUUUAGAGGGUGACAAGGCUGAAUUAGAGGGCUUGGAUGAGUCAGCAUUGACUGACCCGUUGAAAGUAUUGAAGAAGAACAUGCUGUCAUUGCACGCGCACGUGGACAGCAAAUUAGACUUCAUGCAGAGCACUCUAGACCAGAUCCUGGAUGCUUUGACAAGGCCAGGAUUCCGGCCACCAGCACAAUCGUCGUUGCCGUUAUCGGCGAUGUCAGGCCCCUUUCCAGUUCAAGCUGGUACACAGCCUAGUGGUACGUUUGCAGCAGUCUCACAAACUGUUGCAUCUUCUUCUUCGGGUCCAGCGGUGGGAGCUACACCACCACAACAACCUGUUCCUCCGCAGGGACAGCAGCAAGGUCAAUGGUAUCCUAAGACCCCGAUGAAACUGCCUCUUGCCUUCUCAGGCGAGAGAAAGGACGAGGAACUCAACACAUGGUUGAGGACCAUCUCGGUUUGGGUGAAGGCAAAGAGAACCUUGCCUGAGGACGAAGUGGUAACUGUUGCAUCUUACCUCGAGGGUAAGGCAACCAAAUGGCUAGAUGGUGUAGUGAUAAAGGCCGGGUAUGGGAGACGCAUGGCAGACUGGGCUAAGUCAUUGACGUUAGACCAGUUCAUGGAAAUGGUAGAAGCUCGCUGGCAUAAUCCACAGGAGGCACAGAAAGCCACUGAUGCGAUUAACAAGUUGGACCAACGAAAGUUCAAAUCGGUCAGAGAGCUUACGACUACCGUUGAGAGCCUGAUCCUCUACGGUCGGGAUCGCGGAGCGUGAAGCCACGCGCACUCGCGCGCACGGGCGUGCACACCCGUGCACAGUCGCAACGGUCGGAAUCACGACGGGCGAAGCCACGCACGUGCACACUCGUGCACACCCGCUCGCACACCUACGCAGAGUCAAAACGGGGCGCGCGUAGCCAUGCGCGCCAGAAUGUACACACGCGCGAGCGGGGACGAAGAGCGCAGGAGCCACGCGCAUCGUUGCGCGUGGUCGCGAUCGGGACCAGAGCAAGCUAAUCAACGGAACAGCCCCUU